UAAUUUGAAUAAGACUAUGAUCUGCUAGAACUGUAAAAUCAACAACAAUCGCUCAGUUAUCUUUGACAAUAAUUGCCAAUUCCAUCGUUAACCAUUAUAAUCAGUGUCCCUUAAUUUAUCAAAAUAGACCAAAAUGUAUAAGGCUUGUAAAAAAUGCGAGGAAGAGAGAUAUAAUGAAAAAUUUUUUAGCUUCAAUGAUAUAAAGCAAAAAUUAAAUACGCAUGAAUCUCUAGAGUAAUUAAAUUAGAUUGUGAAAAUAUCAUAAUAAAUACUCUAAUAAGCAGAAGAGGAGAAGAAAAAGUUAAUUAGUUUGGCAGAAGAAAUAGCAGAGACAGUUAUGAAUGGAAUAUAUCAAUUUUUUCAAUUUCAAGCUCCUAACAAAGCAACAGGGGGUAAUGAAUUUUCAGCUCAAGAAUUAUUUUCUGUAAAAUAAAUAAAUAUUUCUAUUAGUUAUUAACACCAUCCACAAUAAAAUCUUUGGAAGAUUUAAAAAAUAGAUAAAUUUCUAUACAGAUUGCCGAUGAUAUGAGUUCUAUGCUUUUGACCAAAGUUUUAUUUAUGGAUAAAGUUGGAGACUUUAUAAAUUAAUAUUAAAUGAAUUCAUCAACAAUAUAGAAAUAAAUGAAGUAAGGCGUCCAGAAUUUAUAACAUACUAAAAUUCAAAUACAAAAAUUCAUCAAGAUUUAACCGAAUCGUUAAAUUGAGUAGAUUUAGUCAGAGCCAUAAUUCAUGUAGGCUUAACAAGAUAGCUAAAUCAUGUAGAAUUAACAAAAUAGCUAAAUAAUAUAGUAUUAGCAAAAUGAAUAGGAUGAUAUUGAUAAUGAAUCAGUAAUAUCAAAGGUAACUGUAUUCCCUAAUUAAAAAGUUUAGUGGAAGUAGAAAAUAAAUCACAUAUGACGAUGCUGAUUAUCUCUAAGUCAAGGCAAUAAUGAAUAUAGAUAAUGAGUAGUUAGGAUUUGCAAGAAGAGAUUGCAUAUGCAUAUUAGAUAAGAGAAAUAAUUUGAAAGAAAUUUAAAGAUUAAAUUAUUAGAGUGAUGAAACUAUAACAUUUGCUUGUUAAUUUUAAGAUAUGGGAAAAAAAUAUAUAGCAGUUGGGUAUCAAUAAAAAUAUAUUUAGUAUCGAAUUAGAAGACAAUUCUGGUAAGAUUUAAUUAUUGAAUAAAAAAGAAUAGAAAUGGUCUGUAAUCAAAGAAAUAAAUGUUUAGCAUUCAAUUAUAAAAAUUAUUCAUCCUUGUGAAAGCUAUCUAAUCACAAUUUCUGAGAUGAAGGUAUUUCUUAUUUUAUCAAUUAGGAAAUGCAAAUGAUGAAUAUUUAAAAGGAUAAACAAUAAAUUGAUCUUAUUUAAAAGGAGCAAUCACUUAUCUAAGACAUUGCUUAGAUAAACCCUUCUACUUUGAUAUAUAUAACGAGCAAAUUUAUAAAUUCAUUUGAUUUUUAGAAUAGAAGACAAUUGCAUUAAAUUGAAGGAAAAGAAGAGCAUUUGUGUUUGGAAAUAAUUAGUUCCGAAAACUUUAUAGUUGGAAAUACAGAAGGGUAAGUGUUGGUCUGUAACUUUUAAAAUAAAAUUCAGAUCACCAAAAUAAUAUCUCCUCAUUAAUAGGAUGUCAAAUAUAUAAGUAAAAUUGAUUAGAUGUAAUAAAUAUAUAUUUAAUUAAGGUUUUUUGUAACAUCCUCUUAUGAUGGAAAACAUAUUAUAGUAUCUACAAGUGGGGAUAAAAAGCAUAUAAUUAAAGAUGGUCCUAAAACCAACUUUUCUGAACCCUUGUUGUGGGUUAAUGAAUUACGAUGCUUAGUUGCAUCAUCUGGAGGUUAAAUUUUUAAGUAUUAUUGAUAAGAUAAAC